AUGCCGAAUACGAUGCUGACAAAACGUCGCGGAAUGUAUCAAGUCCAUGGUUCGACUCUGGAAAUUAUCCUGCAUACUAUGGACUCCCGACAAGAAGCAUCUCCACAAUAUGGAUUUCCACCGAAAGCCUUAUCAAAUCAAGCUGGCCAUAACUCCGAUAAUAAUGGGAUAACUUUUCUGGCUAAUCAUACGUCAAUACAGGCUACUCCUCCCUCGGCGAUACUGGCACGAGAUCACUCCUCAAAUAUUGAGGUGACCUGCUUGGAUGGAAACUCGCUUCAACAAUCCGCUACUGACUCAUCCGAGUAUAGUGAGCCAAUAUCAAAUCAGGUGAAACUUGAACGAGGUUAG